AUUACAGAGAAGAGGAAACGCGUUUCGGUUUCGUGCGGAGGAAGGAUGGAUUUGCUAUAAAUAAAGCGCUCGGUUUUAACGAUGUGAUAGAACCGGAUUGUAGAAACGAUGUAAGUUAGAAGAUGUGUGCGAACUGGGAUUCAGGACAAUAAAUGUCAAUAUUUCCAUCUCCGUAAACGUGUCGUUUCCAAACACGCAGGAAAAUACAGAUUUAAGAUCUGCAUGACAUUACUGUGAAGAUGGAGUUUAUUAAAGAGGAGAGUGAUGCAGAGACACACAGAGAGACUGAGGAGCAGAGAGAGCCGAUGCAAGAGAAAGAAGAAAGCCGAGUGAACGACGAGGAGGAGAAACAUCUGAUUCAGGAAGCUGGAGAGAAAUCUUGUAGUCGCUCAGAAAUGAAAAAGAAGGUCUCGCAAGAAGCCAGUAAUUCAUUCGUCUGCCCCGCGUGUGGGAAGAGUUUCACGCAUAAAGGACACUUCAACGAACACGUCAAGAUCCACUCCGGAGUCAAGCCCUUCAGCUGCCCUCACUGUCAGAAGAGCUUCACCUGUAAAGGACACCUGAAGCGCCACGUUCGCAUCCACACCGGAGAGAGACCGUACGCUUGCACCCAGUGCGGGAAGAGCUUCAAGUGCGCCACCAACCUCAAAGACCACCAGCGCUCGCACUCGGGAGAACGGGCCUUCAGAUGUGAGCAGUGCGGGAAAAACUUCAUUCUGGCGUCCAACCUGAAGGCCCACCUGAAAAUCCACACGAACGAGAAGCCGUAUGUGUGCGCCGUGUGCGGGAAGGGCUUUCUGCGGCUGGGCUGUUUUAACGAUCAUCAGAAGAUCCACACGGGCGAGAGAGCCCAUGUGCUUCGAGUGCGGAGACACCUUCACCAGAUCCAGCGCUCUGAAGCAGCACCAGAAGAUCCACAGCGGAGAGAAACCCUACACGUGCUCGCACUGCGGGAAGGGCUUCACUCACUCGGGAGCGCUGAAGAGACACGAGCGCGUGCACACCGGAGAGAGACCCUACCACUGCACCGCCUGCGGGAGGAGAUUCACUCAGUCCAGCGAUCUGCAGAAUCACAUUAAGAAGCCUUGUCCCAUGCUGUCACACGCUGUAAACACGGAGAAGCUGUGCUGAAUGAGCUGUUCGUCUCUAGAGGGACUAGAUACAGUUUGUGCUUGAUAGACGCUGCAAACUGAAGGAGAAUCUUACAGUACACAACCAAACAGUGUCAUUAAUUCUGUUACUAACAUUCAAAUCAUCACUGAAGUACUGAGAUGAGAUAGAAACACUGAUGUCUACAGUGGCAAUCAAAAUACAGCAAAUCUCUUUUGAAAGUGAUGUGAUGCUUCAAAUAAAGAUUGUGUGGAUUACACUGUUACUCCAGUAGGUGGCGACAAGUGACUGGGCAAAACUGUGUUUGUCUUUGAAUCAUUCUGUAUUGAGGUUCCUUCAUAAAACUGAUUUCUUCCAAUAAUGAAACAAGUGAAGUCUUUAUGAGUGAGUCAUUGAAUCAUUCAUUCAAGAGAUUCAUUCAAAAACACUGAUUCAUCCAGUAAUGAAG